UUUCUCUCCUUGGUCUCCAAGGCCAUGGCGGCGCGGUUGGGCCCGAUGAUGCUGGCUGCGGCUGAGCGGCUGCUGCCGCGGCUCGGUGCCAGGGCUCCGGGCCUGGAGCGUAAUCUUAGCCUGUCUCACAGCCGGAACACAGUGAUCGUGGAGCGCUGGUGGAAGGUCCCGCUGGCAGCCGAGGGCCGGAAGCCGCACCUGCGCCGGCGACACCGGGUCUACCGGCUGGUGGAGGACACCCAGAACCAGCAGCCGCAGGGGACGAUGGAGCUCAUCCUGACCCAGACGGUGGAGGACCUUGGAGUCCGAGGCGACACUGUCACAGUGAAGAAGUCACUGGGCCGUAAUAAACUGCUUCCCCAGGGUCUGGCUGUGUACCCAUCGCCAGAGAACAAGGAUUUGUUUGAGGCAGAGAACCAGUUGCGGAUGAAAGGGAAGCUGGAGAAGCUCCAGACCAAGACGGGUGUGACGACAGUGAAAUUCCUGAAGAAUUGCCACCUAGAAGUGGGAAUGAAGAAUAAUGUCAAGUGGGAGCUAACUCCUGAAAUUGUCUUGCACUUCCUCAGAAAUCUUGGCGUGGUAGUAUCCCCACAUGCCCUAAAGCUACCUGAGGAGCCAAUCACAAGGUGGGGUGAGUACUGGUGUGAGGUGACUGUGAAUGGGCUUGAUACCGUGAGGGUCCCCAUGUCUGUGGUGAACUUUGAGAGGCCCAAGACCAAGAGAUACAAGCGUUGGUUAGCCCAGCAAGCUGCCAAGUAA